AUGGGUUUGUUACUCUCAUUGCCCUUCACCGGCAUCGGUACAUCCUGUUUAACGGGGAUUGCGUUCUGUUUCACCUCCACUGCUGCAUCCCUUUUCUUCAAAUCAUGUAACUGCAACAGCUCUAUAGCUACCCGUGUCGGUUUCGCGAUAAUAUUCUGCCUAAACUCGAUGCUGGCGUGGAUGAUGCGAACUCGGUUCGCAAUCAAGCUGCUUGAGACAUGGAGCUACAAUUAUAUUAAAAUGGACUGCGAAUCGGGGAAAUGCUAUGGCGUUCUUGCAGUUCAUCGUGUUUGCUUUGCUCUUACGUUAUUCCAUGCAAUACUCGGCGCUCUUCUUAUCGGUGUUGAGAACACCAAGACGAAACGAGCGGUGAUCCAGAACGGAUGGUGGGGUCCGAAAGUUCUGGCAUGGCUAGUCCUACUUGCCAUAUCAUUUGCGAUUCCCAACGGCUUUUUCAUGUUCUGGGGAAAUUACAUGUCCAUCAUCGGAGCGACUAUAUUUAUCCUCAUUGGUCUCGUUCUUCUUGUUGAUUUCGCACACAGCUGGGCCGAGAUGUGUCUAGAAAACUGGGAGAUCUCGGAAUCUAACAUGUGGAAGUUCAUUCUCGUUGGAUCUGCGGCCGGAAUGUACGGCGUAGUGAUCACGCUGACUGCGAUCCUCUAUGCUUUCUUCGCGGGCUCGGGAUGCACACUUAACCAGUUUUUUAUUUCGUUCAACUUGGUGCUCUGCAUCCUCAUCGCCAUAUUGUCCAUCCAUCCCGUCGUGCAGCAGGCGAAUCCUAGGUCUGGACUUCUGCAAUCGAGCAUGGUCGCGGCGUAUUGCACUUACCUCAUCACCUCGGCUGUGGGAAACCAUACUCACCAAACCUGCAACCCUUUGCACAAUGGUACGGGAAGUGCAACUCGCGACACAACUGUUGUGUUAGGUGCCAUCUUCACGUUCUUGGCAAUCGCGUAUUCAACCACCCGGGCUGCUACUCAAAGCAAAGCUCUUGUUGGCAAGAAACAUACGGGCGCUAUCACACUCGAUGAAGAUGGAGCACAUGAGAUUGGCCCUGUCACAACCCAGCCAUCUCGCAAGGACAAUCCCCGCUACCAAGCCAUCCUCGCUGCUGUUGAGGCAGGUGCCAUCCCCGCCGCGGCAUUAGAAGAAGAACUGAACCAAUAUGAUGAGGAAGAUGAUGAAGUUGUUGGGGAGGAACGAGAUGACGAGAAAAGUCAAACUCGCUAUAAUUAUUCCUGGUUCCAUAUUAUCUUUGCGAUGGCCGCCAUGUAUGUGGCCAUGUUGUUAACGGACUGGAACGUCGUGAAAUCGACGAGCGGCGCCGACGAUACCGAUGAUGUGUACAUAGGCCGAUCCGAAGUUGCAAUGUGGAUUCGAGUCGUGUCGAGCUGGAUAUGUCUGCUGCUGUAUAUUUGGAGCCUGAUCGCACCAGUGCUUCUGCCGGAUCGCUUUGGAGCUGACUGACCUAGACACUCAGCAAGAGGCCUAGGUCUUUCUUAUCAUCCCCGUCCCUGAUCUACCGUCACAACAUUCCCUUUUGUUCUUUUCUCCCUUGCCCUGUACAAUGAUUAAGACACCGUGUGGCUAUAUAAUGAAGAUUUAUUCAAGCGUUGAUCUAGUAUCUCCCAACUUCUGAACGCUCUAGCUUGGGUCCAUAACGCAGAACCUAAGUGCUCUUUGCUAUCAUCGAGUUCUGCGUAAUAGCCACGUGUCCCAGCGCCCCGUCCAACGUACAGCACUACUAGUCUAACGACUCAACGACAUCCAUAUGCGCUACUUUGAGCCCUCACACCUGGAUCGCGCAAUACAGAGAUUACAGCAAAACACCUCGC